AAGUGCGCGAUGUCGAGCGGAUCAAGGAGCUGACACCAGGCGACGACACUCAUGGGCUGACAGAGGGCGUAGCGGUGUGUGCAUGUCAUUUUGGCAGAGGGGUGGGCCUACUUCCUGGCUGCCCAGCCACACCACGCCACGCCUGGCUCCCUCCGCCUUUGGGUGUUGCCUCGCCUCCACCGCGCGCACAAGGAGGGGAAAAAAAUUGGCAGAGGCAACUGUCGCACGGCGCACCAACAUCUUCCUUUUCAGAGGGACGUGACACUUCUUCCUUCUUUCUUCUCUUCACCCAUACCAUCCAUUAUGAGUGAACCCAUCGCCCUCUUUGGUCUGACCGUAAAGCCCGGAGACGUCCACCGCAUGGACGUCCUCCGCGACUUCCGCAUCACCAACGUCUCUCUGGGAGAGCACGUAAAGGGCAAUGCCCGUGUGGUCGUCAAGGUGCACCUCAUCCCUCAAUCUGGUCACCCCAUCACAGAAGAGGAAGAGCUCCUAGAGGGUCUCAUGGACGAAGACGACGACGAUGAGGACGAUGAAGAAGAGGACGAGGAGAAGGAGGCCGCAAGAGCCAUGAAGCAAUACCCCGAGCGGACCUUCGUACUCUGCACCCUCACACCCGGCAAGAUCGAGCAAGUGUCGGUCAACAUCGGCUUCUCCGAGGCCGAGGAGAUCGGCUUCUCCGUCACCGGUGACAACGAGGUCGACCUCUUGGGCAACUACCUCGCACCUGCUGGCGACUUCGACCAAGAGCCUUACGACUCGGACGAUGACAGCGAAAUCGACUCCGACGAAGCUGGCAGCUUUGACUCGGAUGACGAAGACGACGACGAGUACGACUCUGAGGACAUGGCUGCUGACGGACUCGACGGCAUCCUUGCCGAGGGUGACAGUGAAGACGAGGAUGACGAGGAUGACUCCGACCGCUUCGAGAACCUCGGUGACGUGCCCUCUGUCGCUGCCGCCGAGAAGGCCGCUGCUGCUGUGCCCUCCAAGAAGCGCAAGGCCCUCGCCGAGCCUGCCGAAGCUGAUGUGUCGAUGGCCUCCUCGGUCGGAGCCGUCAGCGACGCCGAGCUCGCCAAGGCAGCCGCAGCUGAGGGUCUCGACGUCUCCAAGCUCAGCAAGGCUCAACGCAAGAGGCUCAACAAGAAGCUGAAGCUCGCCAGUGGUGAUGCCGACGUUUCUGUCGCAUCUACCUCGUCAAAGCCCGAAGCCGCCUCUACCGUCAAGGCCGAGACUGUCAAGGCUGCUGUAGCUCAGAACGGCAAGGCCGCCAAGACUGCUGAGAAGCAAACCGUCACCAAGGAUGGUCAGCAGACCUCCAAGACCAAGACUGCCUCCGGCCUUCUCAUCGAAGUGAAGAAGCAGGGCGACGGCCCAGUAGCCAAGAAGGGUCAAAAGGCCGGCAUGCGCUACAUCGGCAAGCUUACCAAUGGCAAAGUUUUCGACUCGAACACAAAGGGCAAGCCAUUCGCCUUUAAGCUCGGAAAGGGUGAAGUGAUCAAGGCUUGGGACGAGGGAGUUGUGGGCAUGAAGGUCGGAGAGGAGAGGAGACUCACCUGCCCACCCAACUUGGCCUACGGCGCUAGCGGCGCUCCUCCCGAUAUCCCUCGCAACGCAACGCUCGUGUUCGACAUCAAGCUCGUCGACCUCAAGUAGAGCAAGUGGCGAAGCGGCUGAGUGCAGCCAAUGCUACCUUGCCCUUGCUCCAUCCAUCACUGCCUUGCUUUUCGUUUACGGAUCGUCACUUGCCUGUCAGUCACUCCCGGUUUCUCCCCCACCCCAACUGCUAUAAUUGCUCCGCAUCACCAUCGUCGUUCCUUGUCUUGUUUUGGUCUGAUCUCCAUCCAUUCAUUCCUCAUUCCCCACUUGUACUCUUCACAUACCAAAAUAACUCAUCCAUCGUUUUGUCCUUGCU